AACCACAAUCUCGAUCUGAAUUAGGGGAUGUCUCCUCCUUCACUUGGUAAUGGUUCCAAGGAGAAUGAGGGAUGCCUUCAGUUCCACUUUGACUCGUACAAUGUGCAAAAUGGAAGGGGUUCUAGUUCUAAUUCACCUUUCAAAGGAAUAGUAAUGACGUCAGAGCGCCCUCCCUUAUGGAAUGGUGUCUAUCCUAAUUUCAUUCCCAAUGAGGGAGGAAAGAAGAUUUGUGAAGGAGAGGAUGUGAGUGUGGUAUUGGAGACAGAGAUCCUUGACUUGGCAGAGAAACUAGAGAAGUUACAAAGGAGCUUAGGACUAAAAGAUUUUGAAGUUAGGAACUGUAGUAAUUUUGAUAAACAAGCGACUCUUCUUCAGAGACGACUAGAGAAGUUUGGAGUAACAUCGGAUGAGAUAUGUGUGAAGGAGAUACAGGAGAUGGUAGAAGCAAGCUUGUCAAUUAAAACAAGUUGUAGAGUUGAUGAUAGCUUUGUUUCAAGUGGCAAAUCCAAUAUUAAUUUUAUGGCCAUCGAAUUAAACAAAAGGUACUGACUUUCAAAACAAUUUUGCUUCCAAAAUUUUUUUAUUAGAACUUAA